AAAGGCAUCAAAUAUUUUGAGGAACUUUCCUUUAGCAACGUUGACGUCACUCUGUUAUAGAGACGAUGAUAACAAGGUCCGGUCAAAUAUGGACAAGGACGACGAAGAUUCCAUCGAUUCGAUUCUUACCGAAAUUGAAACAUCACUGCAAUCGACCUAUCCAGAAACCGGUGAAAAUGAAAAUCAGGUAUUUAGCGCUUACUAUGAAGACCAACGUACAGUCGGCUACGGAAGAAAGGAUGAUGCAUCUUUCAUGUUAACUUAUAACAAUCCGUUUGACCCACGACUGACCUUUCACGGACUCGGGGAGCAUGUUCAUCAACCAGAUGUUAAAGAUGAGAAGUACAAAGCAGAAUUAACAGAGAAUGUCUUCCUUGCAUUAGACCAACCUAGUCAGCUAAUGGACAAAUACUUGAACGGAUAUAGGGCUUAUGUUCGUGGACUAAGUGAUUCUCCCGGGUCCGGAGACUGGGCGGACAGAAGUAUAGAAUGCAAAAGGUUGUAUGAAAGGAUUUCCUCUAACGCUGUCAAGUCGAUAUGGUCUGAAAACACAGAUAAACCAAAGCCCCCUGCCAAUAGUAAUGUUGAAAAUAAAUCUUACCAUGCUUCUACUGCUGAGACUAACCAGCAAUGUAGACUCAAGACAACAAAAACUAGACUUACAAUGAGAGGGAAGAAAGAUUCCGACAGUUUUACAAGAAAUGUAGCAUAUGCAGACACGGGAAUACCUGGGAAAUUUGAAGGUUGUGUAUCAACCGAAGAUAAAAAUAAAAGUCAAAGCAAUGCAGAACAUAAUGGGGAUAAAAAAAGAACAAAUCUACCAUCCAGAUUUGGUAUAAAAGACACUAUUUAUGAACAUCCAAAAACAGACAAACCAAUUGUUCAGGAUCAGAGAGAAUUGACUAACAGUUGGGCUGGUUUGUUUAAGAAAGAUAGCUACCAAACACCAAAUAUCAGCACAGGAUCAAAUUUAGAGGAUGAAGAAAUACAAAGAGUGGAUGGCAUGCCAGAUGGCACUGAAAACAAGAUUGAAACACAUAACCAAACAACAAAGGCGUCUUCUCAUGGUCCUACUAUCAUUAAUGACAACUAUAACAGUCAACAAAAUAUAAAGAACAACAUGAAUUCAAUCUAUACACGUGUACAAAACCCUAUCCUGUCAAACCCUUAUCCUAGGAAUAAUGAAUUCCCAGGAAUUCAGCCUAAACCACUAGAUCAGAGUUCCUGGUCACAUCAAAGUUACAGACCAGAUCAUUACACCACAAAUUAUCCAACAAGCCAACUAUGGGCAGGUCAGAACCAACCUAGUCAGCAACAACAACUAUGGCAUGACCAAAACCCCUACCAACAAUUAUCUAACAACCAUAACACAUCAACAAAAAUUCAACCUCCACCAGGAUUCAAUCAGCAACUGGUACGUCCACCAGGGCUGGUAAAUCAAAGAACCAACUUUCAACCUGAUCUUCAACCAACAGGAAUGUACCAAAAUAUACAGGAUGUCAGUGACCCACAAUCCUUUCUGUAUAACUUGCAACAAUUUGUCCAACAACCACCAACUCAAAUACAGAAUCCAAUAAACAGGUACCAAUAUUAUCCAGGCCAGCAGAAAGCUCAGUGUACGUACAAUGGUAACUGGAAUGCCAACAAUAACAAUACAGAUGAUGAGGAAAUCAGCAACACUGUGCACUACAGUAGUACAGAAACAAUGGGCGAGGAAAUAUAUAGAAAAGAACACAGGGACAGGCCAAGAUGCAAGACCAGAAAUAUUCGAGCAAACUUGAUAAGAAUAUAUCCCUCUAAAAACAAGUAAAUACAAAGAGAGAAGGAGGAUAAGAGAUAGUUUUUAACAUAUGCAAAAUUCCUAUGAACUCAAAAUAUUAAUCUACUUUUAUUUAAUUUGCACAUGUUUGUAUAAGUUAAGAUUUGUUUUGUUUG